AUGUGCUGCCCGUUGCCGCCCGUUGCUGCCCGUGCCUGUGCUGCCUGUUGCCGCCCGUUGCUGCCCGUGCCUGUGCUGCCCGUUGCCGCCCGUUGCUGCCCGUGCCUGUGCUGCCCGUUGCCGCCCGUUGCUACCCGUGCCUGUGCUGCCUGUUGCCGCCUGUUGCUGCCCGUGCUUGUGCUGCCCGUUGCCGCCCGUUGCUGCCCGUGCCUGUGCUGCCCGUUGCCGCCCGUUGCUGCCCAUGCCUGUGCUGCCCGUUGCCGCCCGUUGCUGCCCGUGCCUGUGCUGCCUGUUGCCGCCUGUUGCUACCCGUGCCUGUGCUGCCCGUUGCCGCCCGUUGCUGCCCGUGCCUGUGCUGCCCGUUGCUGCCCGUUCCUGUGCUGCCUGUUGCUGCCUGUUGCUGCCCGUGCCUGUGCUGCCCGUUGCCGCCCGUUGCUGCCCGUGCCUGUGCUGCCCGUUGCCGCCCGUUGCUGCCCGUGCCUGUGCUGCCCGUUGCCGCCUGUUGCUGCCCGUGCCUGUGCUGCUCGUUGCCGCCCGUUACUGCCCGUGCCUGUGCUGCCCGUCGCCGCCCGUUGCUGCCCCGGCCCCGUCGCCGCCCCUAUCGGCCCCGUCGCCGCCCCUCGCGGCCACGUGGCCGCCCUUCGCGGCCCCGUCGCUGCCCCUAGCGGCCCCGUCGCCGCUCUUCGCGGCCCCGUCGCCGCCUCUAGCGGCCCCGUCGCCGCCCUUCGCGGCCCCGUCGCCGCCUCUACUGGCCCCGUCGCCGCCCUUCACGACCCCUUCACCGCUGAGCCGCCAAGCAGCCGAGCCGGCGAGCCGCCCAACAGCCGAGCCGCCGAGCCGCCCAGCAGCCGAGCCGCCGAGCCGCCCAGCAGCCGAGCCGCCGAGCCGCCCAACAGCUGA